GCCCUGGACAACGACUACUAUUGUAGCUGCCCAAAAGGAUUUUCCGGUCGAAAUUGUGAGAAUCAAGAGGCUUGCGCCUUACGACCCUGCGAGAAUCAAGGGAUCUGCCACGAGGUAGCCGGAGGAUACAGAUGCGACUGUCCAAAUGGGUUUAUCGGAGAACGUUGUGAGGUAAGUAACCUGCAAAACUCCUCUCAUUCACAACUGCCAACAAGCUGGAAUCUCGGUAUGGGGCGAUUUUCCGUCUUAGCAGUCAAUCGGAUCUUAAUACUCAUCGCGAAGGCGAUACAGAUCCGAUUUCACGGCUUUAUUACAAAUUAA